UCUUAACAGUAUUUAAAACUCUAGUUUUGAGUUGUUUUCCAGAUUUUUAGUUGGUACUGAAGGCUGUAGGCUACCGACCAUUGGAAGGGAAAAGUUAGCAGGCUGUUGGGACCACUACUAGUGAAGGCACCUAGCUUGGUAACUUGAUCAAACUGACAAGCUAUGUGAAUGUAACAUCCGUUAAAAAAAUUUCAUGCCAUUUUUUUUUUCCCUUAAAAUGAAAAUUCAAAAUGUGCACAGAAUCAGCACUCCAUAACCCUUCAAAUGUGGAACUGAUUCUAUUUUACAACCAACUGGUAGGAAGUUUAGCAUGGAACCAUAUGGUUAACAUUUACAUUUCUAGGUGUCUGUGUAAGGAACUUGCCCUUUUUAUUUUUCCCUGUUAUUCUAGCUUCGUAUUUGUGCAGGAUUAUAUAACAAUUGGGAGACGGUUAGAUGGUAUUUAAAACCAUGCGUCUGGAUGUUAUGGACUGAGAUACUGGAUCUGCAACAAUAUCUGUGCCAAUUCCUCUACUGUCUUAUUCCAUAAAAGGAACUCUAUCUGCAAGGGAACCAAGUGCAGUUGGAAGUUGGCCUACUUGAUUCGACCACAUUCUUUGAACUCAAGCUGCAAUCUACAGUGUUUGGCUCCACUUCACCCAUACUUUAAGAAUAUAUAAAUUAUCUUUUCGACUGAAAUGCCAGCUCAUGGAAAAAUUUUGCUGCUGUGACAGGGCUUCUUAUUAGAUAUGGCAGUGGUUGGUGUAGUAAAAGAGACCACUUGCUGCAACCUUUGGUGCCUGAAGAGGAGAAAAGAAAUGUGAGGACCACAUCUUGUCAACAAAAGAUUCAUGCAUGUGAUUAGACAUAUAGGCUCCACCACUACGGAUUCUAAAAUGUAAGAUUAGGAUAGAAUAGACAGGUUGAUCAGUUCUUGUUUGAUGUGGCCGAUUGCUACCAAGGAGCUAUAAAUCUUUUUCUUUGAUGGUUUCCAAAUGAUCUUUGUCUAAGAGGUUAGUACUUCGGAUCUAUCAAUGCAUCUCAGGUUAAGAGGUAGGCCAACCAAGCCAGUUGAAGUAGAUUAAGUGUAGAAUAGUGUUUUUCAAUGUCAAGUCUCCUGAACUAAAUGAAUAUUUAAAACAAUAAAAGAGACUAAAAAAUGAUCUCUUGAAUCUCAGUUUGGAUUGACUGGAUUUUUAGUGUAGCCAAUGUUGAAACAGAGGAAAAAGAUGAUAAGAGUUAACUUGUUCAAAUGCAUGCAAGGAAGUACAGCAGAGUUAGCAUUGAUAAGGAUAUGCAUUGGGCACAUAUUGUAGCCUUUUUUAUUUAAAGGUUAUGAGAAGAAAUAAUUGUUGGGGAUUGAAAGCAGGAUAUGACUUUUUAGAUAGAGCAGGAUGGCAAAAUAAUUUAUAUAGUUGACUUCAAGCGGUUGAUUGAGAUUAAGUUUUGAUGUGUUGAGUGCUACUUGUAUUCUGUACUUGUUAAAUGACAUCGGAACUAAUCCAAUUGAGAUAGGAUUUUGUCCACCUUUUUUCUCCCCAUAAUUUCUCUGUGCUCCUAAUGGAUGAAAGAGACCCAAAGUGUCAGGAUGCAGCCUCCCUGGAAGUGAAUGGUAUGGGGAAUAGAUGGGGCAACUUGCAAAAGAACAAAGCUAGGUUGGUCGGUUGGUUGUUGUUAUAUUAGAAAGUGAGGGCAACCCGGUCCUCUUUCAGGAAAAAGAAAUGGAACAUGGCAGAGAACAAGAAACAGGGGGAAGGAGACAAGAAUUAAGCUCACCAACCAACCAAACAUUAGGCAGUCUUGUCUGACUGCAUUCACAUUGAUGCUUCUAAAAUACUUUUCACCCAAGGUUACUCACAGCCUUACUGUCUAAUUUCUUCUAUUUUAUUCCUGGAAACCAAACAUUUCUACCCAUUACCAUGCAGAUUUCAACACUGAACAUGUUCUUGCUCUAUGGCCGAUUAGGAGAUGUCUAAGGAUCAGCUGUGGUGGUUACAUGAGUAAUAAGUAUACAAUUAUGUUAUGAACAAAGGUGGGCUCUAAAAACAUGCCUCGAAAGACGUGAAGCAGAAAGAGAAAUAAAGAAAAGGACAUUUGCAAGUAUCAUUGAUCAAUUGUUAUAAGUGUUUUUCUUGACCAUCAUCUUCAAAAGCUUUUUGUUACACUAGUAUGUGAGCUUUCAGUACAAGUUUGGAGAAGGAAGUGUUUUCCUAGUUCUUUUGUGUUGGAAUUCUUGCUGUUUAUCAUUCAGAAGAUACAUUGGAACAAAAUUUCCUUCACUGUUUGAUGUGAAGAUUGUGCCAUUUGUUUUAAGGUUUGCUGUAUUGACUAUUUUCUAGAUUUUCCCUGAAAAAGAUUGUGCCCAUGCUCUUAAUCCUUACAAUUCUCAUUCUGUCUGUCGAUGUUGGUUUUAUUCCUUGGUUUAGUAGAAAAAUAGAAGUUCAUUCUAAACCACGGCUGAACUGUAACUAUCACAAACUGACAAAGGAAAGGACCAUGCCAACCAGUGAUCCAUUUCUCCCUUGAGCAUGUGAAUUCCUGACCUUGUCCCAAGUGACAGAAAAUCAUCUAUAUAAUCCCCGGACCGGAAUGAAGCCAAUGUCCUCAAGUUUCUCUUGAUGCCUAAUAUUCCCUUUUCAUGAAUAUGGAGAGCGGCAAGAUGAUUCAUUCAACGGUUAAAAUGAAGCAGAAACUCAUUAGAUCUUCAACACAAAGAAAGAUUGAUAAGCUACGCAAGAUCAUUCCUGGAUGUGAGGAGGUUGAUGUUGAAACAUUAUUUCAGAAGACAAUGGAGGAGAUUCUUGAGCUCAAAAUGCAAGUGGAUAUCCUCAAGAGACUCUCAAAACUCCAUGGGGUUUGAUCAGAAUUCUUCUCAUUAACACCUCAACCAAUGCAAACAUCUACUUUGACCCCUUGUAAUGCCAGGCAAAUAAGCAUUUUCUUGAUGUUGUCUCUUUUAUUUUGUAGGGAAAAGAAGCAUCCUGUGAUUUGCAUUGUACUUCAUAAUUGCUUCCAAUUGUGAUGCAUCUCCUGCAAAUUACCAUUAGUCUGAUGUAAGUGUACUUUUGUUUAAUGUUUAUAAUUUUUUUGGAGAAUGUCAACAUAAAAUAUACUUCAAAUUUCCUCCGGGAAAAACAAAAGAAUUAUCCAAAGAGGGAAAAGUAGUCAAUGUGGAUCACUUCCCACGAAA